CGAUGACAGCCGACGAUCACUAACAGACAAAACCGAGAGAUGCCUCGGUAAACCCCACAUGGACAAAGUAUACUUUCAGAUACAACCUUUGCCAUCGCCCAUCUUCCUACGUCGCCUUUUAUAUUUGAGCCAUUGAAUCCUUUCAGCCUUGCCACUGCCGUAUUCAAUCUUCCCACCACACACACCCGCACCGCAACAAUGGCAGUAGAACGGCUCGGUUCCAUCCUCAAGCACCUGUCUCCCGGCAGUGCGCUGUCGCAAAUAACCUCUAAAAAUGCCGACGACAUCGUCAUCACACUCGCCAUCCGGACGCCGCUCACAAAGGCAAGGAAGGGCGGGUUCAAGGACACGACUCUCGAGUACAUGAUCUACGCCUUACUGAAGGAAGUGAGGGAGCGCAGCAAACUCGACCCCGCGCUCGUUGAGGACAUCUGUCUCGGCAACGUCUCGGAUGGCAAGGCAGCCUACAAGCUGCGCGCCGCGCUUUUGGCCGCGGGGUAUCCCAACACGACAAGCGCAUCAAGCCUCAAUCGCUUCUGCUCCUCUGGCCUCAAAGCCGUGGCCGACAUCGCGCACGCCAUCAGCACCGGGUCCAUUGAGGUCGGCAUUGCCAUCGGCGCCGAGCAGAUGACAGUAGGCGGCGACGCGCUCGAGAAGCCGUUUGACGAGCAGGUUACAAGCCACUCGCAGGAGUCGGUCGAUUGCAUGCAGCCCAUGGGGUGGACGAGCGAGAACGUCAGCCGCGACUUCAACAUCACGCGCGAGGAGAUGGACAAGUACGCGGCCGAGAGCUUCCAGCGCGCCGAGCGCGCCCAAAAGACCGGUCUGUUUGACGACGAGAUCGUGCCCAUCAAGACGAGGGUCAAGGACGCCAACGGCGAGUGGAAGGAGGUGAUCCUCACCAAGGACGACGGCAUCCGCCCCGGGACCACCGCCGAGACCCUGUCCAAGAUCCGCGUCGCAUUCCCCCAGUGGGGCCCAACCACCACGGGUGGCAAUGCCAGCCAGGUCACCGACGGAGCCGCCGCCGUGCUCCUAAUGAAGCGAUCCACAGCCAUCAAGCUCGGGCAACCGAUCCUCGCCAAGUACGUGGGCUCCACCGUCGCGGGACUAGCACCCCGCAUCAUGGGGAUCGGGCCGACGAUCGCCAUCCCCAAACUCCUCGCGCAGCACGGGCUGACGCUGGCCGACGUGGACGUGGUCGAGAUCAACGAGGCGUUCGCGAGCAUGGCCGUCUACUGCCGCGACAAACUGGGGCUGGACUGGGCAAAGAUGAACCCGCGCGGCGGCGCCAUCGCGCUAGGCCACCCGCUCGGAGCCACGGGCGCGCGGCAGAUCGUGACGGGUCUGAGCGAGUGCAGGAGGAAUGGUAAGAAGAUCUUGCUGACGAGUAUGUGCGUCGGCACGGGGAUGGGUAUGGCGGGGUUGUUUGUUAAUGAGCAAUGAGCUCCCUGACCAUAAUCAAAAAGGGGGGAACGGGUUAGUAUUGGGAUACCACCAUGACGUGUAAAUUUACGUAUUGCAUAGUUUGAUAGCGUCUCGGAAAACAGUCUCAGCGGAUUUUGCGCGCAGUACCGGAUUGGUUUCGUGACGGACGACUAAUACCUAUGAUCAACAUUCUGGCUAGGCUUUGUUCUCUCGAGAUACCCA